AUGUCGAAUGAGAGGGCUCAGUUCAUUCCCAAACCAACAGGACAAUCCUCCUUCAAGCUGAGAUUUUUACAAGCACUGAGAGUUCCAAAAUAUAAGACGAUUCCUGCAUUCUUCUUAGCCGUAGGUAUAUAUCUAGUAUCAUACAAUGGUGUUGUCAGAUUGUGCAAGGGUCCAGAUCAUCCGUUGAAUAAAUUUGGUUGGGAUCAAAUGAAAGCUAGGAAUGAGUUGCCACCUGAACUCCUGAUAAAAGAAAAAGUACUGAAUGAAUAUUAUAAAUCUCGGAUUUAUGAGGCCAGUGAUAGCCCACCGCCUUCUAUCGGGUAUUAG